UUUACAUCUGACUUUAAUAUGGUAAUAUGACAUGAACGGAAGUCGACUAAUGCAGCUGAUAGAUAGCAGCCUUGAAUAAAAGAAAUAAAACAAAAACUAAACAGUAAAAAAAAAUAUCAUUCUUAACAAAUUAACAAAAGAAUCUGCAUAAAAUUAUUUCGAAUAUGUUAAAAUUAAAAAGUGUUAUUAGUAAUAGAAAAAGUUCGUCAUUAAUAUCUACUUUUAAUAAUAAUCUCAUUUAUAACAAAAAUCUGGACACACGAACCAAGGGACAUUAAAAUUUCAUGUAUUUUACACAACAGUUAGUAAUUAAUUAUUCAAAAAAUUAAACAAAUGAUAAAUCUCUUAAAUGGGCGCGGGUGAACUAUAUGUCCCAUAAUUUAUAUUUUUUUAACUUGUACAUGACAAGAUAGUUACACUUAAACAAAACCAUUGAAAUUUUAACAAUUUUUGAAGAAGUGCUUAUUUGUGAAUGAUGUAAAUUGAACGAUUGGACAUGGAGAACUGUUUUAAACAUUUUAUAUUUUAUUUCAUGUUGUAAUGUUAACUAUAGUGAAAAUGAAGUGGAACAUGUGUACAUAUAAUAAUUGUGUGACUUUAUUUAUUUUCAACAUAUUACUUAUUUCUAUAACCGAAGCCGUAACACCAGACACAGUAAAUUCAACUACCUCAGAAAAAGCAAAUCCAUUUUCAUUAGAAGAAUCAUCGUUAGACACAUUUUCUGAUGUAAAUAUUUCAUCAUUAUUAGUCAAUAAUAAAACAUUUUUAAAUGAAUCAAAUUCUAUCAACGAACUAGAAUCCAAUUUAACAUUGAGUAGAAACUUGACUGUGAUUGGAAGUGAAAUUUCAAAUUCAAGUAUAAAUGACAAUGAAACUAACACAGAUGAUGUUAUCGUAGAGACGAAACAGCUAACAGCUGAAUAUAUGACAUCACGAAGUACGCUAAAAACUGAAGAUAUGACGUCACGAGGUACGCUAACAACUGAAGAUAUACCGUCACGAAGUGAACUAACACACGAAACAUCGACUUUAUGUAAAGACUGUCCGAAUGAACCACCUGAACCAGUGCAACAACCUCCACCUUAUCCGUCCGACGAAAUGUUAUCAAAUCAGAAUCAGGAUAUGAAAAUUAUCAAAGAGACACCUGAAUUCACUCUGAAUAAAGAUUUUCAACCACGGGCAGGAAGAAUUCCACAAUCAUGGAUAGAUAGUAAACCUGAUAUCGUUGAAGCUACACCAAGACCUAAACAGAGUUUCACUACAAUGAAACAAAUAAUACAGCCAAUUUUUGACCCAGAAUUGCCUCCUCCACCUCCGAGGAGUUUUGCUUUUGGAAAGAAGGAAAUUGUGUCUAUUCCUGAGAGUAAAUCUUUAGGUUCAGAUUUGACAGCUCCAAUUACAACAGAAGAUUUUACACAAGUUAAAAGUCAGCAGUCGGCUGAUUUGCAAUUACCGGUACAGCCAGAAGUAGAGUUACCUGGAAAUUCUAAGCCAUUCAAAAUUGCUGAAACUACAUCCGACCUUGAAUCUCAACCAUCUCAACCUCUUUUAGAAACAGUUUCAAUGGACCGAAAACUGACGUCUCUUGAUAUCAAACAACCUUUAAAUCAGUUAGACGAAGAACCGCCUCCUCCACCACCCCAUUUUAGUAGACCACCAACGAUGAUAUUUAAACAAGAUAAAAGCCGAUCCCAACCGGUUCAGAGUCUACCGGAUGUGAUAACCACAUCACCACCGGAAGUGUUACAACCAAGAGGUCGACAAUUAAAUGCUGCAGCUUCAGAGCAGCCAUUUGCUACGGACCAACAAAUAUCGGAAAUUGAUAAACAAAUAAUCGAAGCAAAGUCUGACCAAAUGUUUUCAGAUACCAUCGAAAAACAAACGGCACCAUCACUCAAUCCUGAAACAUUACAAAUAAAACAGAACACAGCAUUAGAAUCUGAGAAAACUGUCGAGGAUAACCAAACGUCUUAUACAACAGAUCAUUUUAAAUCUGAGAAUCAACAGUUAACAAAUAUAAGUGACGAUGAAUAUAUGCAAACGAAUGCGACGACAGUUUCGGAGUUAUUAUUAGAUGAAAAACAAAAUAUGACUGACCAGAUUAACCCUCCAAAUGAAAAUAUGCCAACAACUUCAUUACUAGAUCAUAUGCCGUCCCUUAAUAAAGAUACCGAAUCAGAGUUUUCAACAAAUAUUACUGCAGAGUUUGAAGCAAGAAGCAAUACAGAUUUUGAAGCAAAUGAUAAUACAGAGUUUAAAUCAAGAAACACUUCGGAUUUUAUUGCAAGUAGCCCUGCAGAGUUUAAACCAAAUGAAACGACAGAGUUUACAUCAGGUAGCAUUGUUGAUAAAACAGAACCAAUUUCAGAAAUAGAUAAAAUAUCAGAAACAAUUAAAAAUACAAUGAACGAAGAAAUAGAAUUACCACAAACCAAUCAAUUCAAAACUGAACAGCAACUAAACAGCAGUAUGGAUUACAGAAAACAACUAUCUUUAGAUACAUUGCAGCCUUUUCUGCAUAUAUCAGAAAAUCUAACCUUGAUGGAAACGCUAGAACAAAAUAUUACCGAGAGUGAAACGACAGCUGAAAUUAAACCAUUGAAUAUAUCUUCGUUAUCGGAAAAAGUGUCCAUUGAAGGUCAACUUAAUGUUUCGGUUGAUCAGAAACUAAUGCCACAAGUCUUAGAACAUAUGAUUCCAGAAAAUCAGAUAUCAGCAGAUAUUAAAAGUGCGCCCGACAGGAGGAAAAUUAUUGGUACUUCAAGUUUGGAUCAGGAUAUAAUCGAAAACGGUUCACUACCUAUAGAAUCAGAAACACUAGAUCAAACAUCGUUACAGAUCCAAAAUGCUUCUGACGCUGUUGAACUGAAAAUUGAGAAACAUAUAGAAGAAUCUGUUACUGGACUUCAUCAAUUGUCAGAUUUAAACCUGACACAGUUUUUAAAAGACAAUGAAAAAGUAAAAACUACAACUGAGAAUGAGAAUGAAAUGCCAACUGAAAUUCAAACUAUCACUGAUACGAACAGAAUGACUUCCAUGUUGGAUCAGUUACAUUCUGCGGGCCAGCUAAAUGAAUCACUUAUUUUGGGUAAUGCAACUGAUCAGCAACUGAAACCUUCUUUAUUAUCAGUAGAAGAUAACGAGCUGUUGGAGAUUUUGAAAACGAUUGAGGAUUUUGGUGCAGGUUCACAAUCAGAAAGCCAACCUUCACCAAAAACUACACAAAACGAUGCAAAUCGAACUCAAUCAGUUUUUGACCAAUUACCAUCUGAUGUUGAACAAUCACUGGGUACCAGUACAACUGAAGUUGAGAUAACAACAUUAACACCAGAUCCAGUACUAUUUGUGGGUACCAGUACAACUGAAGUUGAGAUUACAACAUUAACACCGGAUCCAGUACUAUCUGUGGGUACCAGUACAACUGAAGUUCAGAUUACAACAUUAACACCGGAUCCAGUACUAUCUGUGGGUACCAGUAGAACUGAAGUUGAGAUUACAACAUUAACACCGGAUCCAGUACUAUCUGUGGGUACCAGUACAACUGAAGUUGAGAUUACAACAUUAACACCGGAUCCAGUACUAUCUGUGGGUACCAGUACAACUGAAGUUGAGAUUAUAACACUAACACCGGAUCCAGCUCUCAAUAUAGGUAAAAAGGCAAUAGGUAUCGAACAUACAUUGACAGGAACCACGCCCCUCAAUACAACUCCCUCAUUAGAGGUUACAACGAGUACACAGCAGCAAUCUCGGCCAGUGCAAAUACUAUCUGAACAACAAGAAUCGUUUGUAACUGAUAGACAACAACAAAGACCUGCAGACAUUUCUAAUUUGAAUGAAAAUCAAAUCAUUUCUCGUUUAGAUGAAAAUGAAAGGCAAAAACCCCAGACUUUCCCAAACAACACUCAACAACGUCAGGAUCAGAAAAAUGAAGAAGACAUGAAUAUGGAGACUGAUAUACCGCCACCACCACCGAGACGUAGAACAGAAUUAGUAGAGAGAGAAAGAGACAAUUUACCACCAUCAUUAAAUGUAUUAGAAGAGAACAGAAGGAAAGGUUUCCGACAAUUUUCAGAAGAACCUUUACAGAGCCCCGAAUUAUCCCCUGAACUACCGCCACCACCACCAGGUUUCAAACAGAAAACAAAACACAUUUCGAAGGACAAACCUUUGACUAUGCCUAAGGAAACGGGCUUGUUGAAAUCAAAACAGGAUGAAACGGAUAUUGCAAGUCAAGCCAAAUAUUCAGCAUUAUUUAAUCGAAACUCGCCAUAUUACCAGUCAAUGUGGAAAAUUAACUCAAAUCAGCCGUCAACAAAAAUAAAACCGCAGACAACACUAAAUUCAAUUGACCAGAGACAAUUGAGUAAUAGUGCGGUCAGAAAAAUGAUAAAUACGAUUGAACAGGUUAGAACACGGCCUAAGUCGGUUGAUUCUUUAACUUUUUUUACACCAGGUGUACAGAAAACUCAAACCCAUCAGAAUACUAAUCGGAAUAAUAAUAUGAAAACACAAAGUGCUGGAGUCGGCAUACCACAUGCAGGUUAUAUACCAGGAGUUCCUUUUAUUCAGAACCACUUUUUACGUCGUAAACGGACGAAUAAGCGAAAUCUCCCCAUGGACAUUGCGUUUAAAACUGCAGUUCCAAAACAAGAACAAUCUGAAAAAAUACACGAAAGAAUGGCAGGAAGAAAGAUGUAUGUAGAAGAAAAAGUGUAUUCUUAUAUUCCAAUGAAUAAAAGAUAUUCGCUUAACGAUCUGCGCAUGAGCAAACUCAAUAGACUGAAUGCUCUUAAUAAAUAUUCAGAUGUGAACUAUCCAAGUCAUUUAAAGCAGAACAUUGACAUUCAUUUUCAGAAAAAUAGUUAUAGUUCACAACAAACUGUACCUCUAACUAAACAUCACAUAAAAGAUUUUAUAUUACAUGGGAAAGUUCACAACUCAGAUAUUAAGGUGCAAGCAAAUAUUCAGAAGAAUAAGAAAAUAUGGAAUAAAAAUGAUGAUCCACCGCCGAUCAUUUUACGAACGGCAGAUUCAACUGUGUUUAAGGUCACGUAUACACCACCGCCACCACCGCCACGAAAACUAACAACAGUGGCUCCACCGGAAACGUUGAGUAAAGCACUUCCAGAAAAGAAGUUUAUUUCUCCAAAACAAUUAAAAUCGAAGGAAACAACCACCAACAAUUUGACAAAAGCCUCAGCAUCUACGGAGUCUGAUACAAAAUCCAAAGUCUCUGUUAUUGGAAAUUCUUCACCAGAAAUAAACCCAUCUUACACAAGAGAACUCUCAAAUGCUUCUGAAACUUGUGACAACUGUACGUACGUAAGUGAUUUCUGUUAUUUGAGAGAACCAUCCAACUGCAACCGAUUUAUUGUGUGUUAUAAACAAGGACACAAACUAAGAGCCACAGAAAAAGAGUGUUCAUUUGGUCUGUUCUGGAGUCAGAGUAAGCUAGCAUGCACACAACCAUCCAGAGCAGAGUGUGAAAUAGAUCCCUGUAGGACGCAAGGUGUCAGAUCUCAUCCUUAUAUCGGUAAAUGUCGUGCUUACUGGACAUGUCGGAGACGUCGUUCAGAUGCACGAUGUUGUCCGAAUGGAUAUGCAUAUGGCGGUGGGAGAAACACGUGUGUUCCGAAUAAAGACUGUAAAACAGAUUGCAUUACAAAAAUCCCCGAAGUUCUUAAUGUGUGCCCGCUGAAAAAAGUUUAUGACUCUCCGUUUGAGUAUACAGAUGGUGGGAUGGUUCGUUCCUGUGCCCCUGGUACACGAUUUGAAGAAUCUAUGUGUGCAUGUAUUCGGAGCAAUAUUGGUAAUAAACCAGUCGAAAAGAAGCAAACGCAUUUAGAUAAACCUUUUCAAUGUCAGCCGGCCAUUAGUCUAGAUUUUAGCGGAUCCUCAAAUGAUGCUUUCGAGGACAAAUCCGGACACAGCCAAUCUAUUGGUGUAUCUAAUGUCCUCCAGACAAUUAAAAAGCAAGCAAUGUUUAAUGGACGUGGAAGCCUCAAACUGUGGCGUUUUUCGAAUGUAGAACUUGGUCCUGAAUUUGCCUUGCGUUUGAAGUUUUACGCACAUGGAAGAUCGCAUCGUUCUGAAACAUUGUUAUCAAAUUGUAUUGGGAAGAGGAAGGCUGCAUUUGACAUCAGACUCGAAACUGAUGUUUUAGAGAUAGUGUUUACUGUGAAGACAUCUGAAAGUCCUGAAUCAUUUAUUAGAAUUUUUUACAAGCCACACCAGUGGAACGAAGUUAUUCUCCGAUAUGAUGGUGCCAGUUUCUCAGCUGCUCUUGGCAAAGUCUCAAAAACGAUUUAUGUGGAAGGUGUGAUACCGACAAAACAUGCUGCUAUAUCUAUUGGUGGCUGUGAUCAAGACGAUGGAUUUAUUGGAUACAUGGAUGAUGUGAUGAUAUACAAUGGCUGCAUACCAGAAGAUGUACGAGGUCUUGUGUUUGAAUAAAAUAUGAAAAUCCUGACUGUGUGAAACUAUU